AUGAAUCGUCAUCAUCCGUACAACUCCAGCUUCGAGCACUCGCCCGGACGCAGGGGAAACAGCUCCCCCGGACCCACGGGCGAUAGAGGCCACCGCCAUCAAGAGAGAGGUGGGGCUCCGUUCAGAGGAAGAGGAGGCUUCAAUCGCGGUCGUGGCGGUUACUCACAUUAUGAUUCCAACAUGAACAACCACAACUCCUAUGACCAAGGACAUAAUCAAGGCGACAUGGGUGGCUACGGUUAUGACCAACUGCCCAACUCACAACAACCGUAUUAUCAAAACAGCAACUAUGCAGACUCUACACCUGCUCACUUUCCUCCCCAGCCAACUGGUUACGGCCAUGGUUACCCUAAAUAUGAAGACGGGCCGGGAUAUGACGACGAAAAUGACCGAGGAAAUCGACGACCUUUCAAAAAAGAUAGAGAAGAUAAGGUGCAUGAUUCCAUUAUUGAAGAGCGCAUUCAACGCGAAAAGCCAUGUCGUACCCUGUUCAUUCGCAACAUUAAGUAUGAAACCCCCAGUGAGGAUGUGCGUCGAAUAUUUGAAGAACAUGGUGAAAUCAAGACGUUUUUUGACCUGAUAUCAACACGAGGGAUGGUUUUCGUCACUUACUUUGAUUUGAGGGCAGCUGAGAGAGCAAGAGAACGUCUCCAGGGUUCUGAGAUCAGUGGUCGACCUAUCGAUGUCCAUUAUUCCCUACCACGCGACGAUCAAAAAGGCCCCGAUCGUGAAAAAAAUCAACAAUUGCAAGGAACACUGCAAGUGUCCCUGAGAAAUUCUGUAUCAGGCCAAUCCAUCGAUGAUAAUGAAGUUCGCCGAAAAUUCCAGCAAUUUGGCGACGUCAAGUCGGUACGCCCAGUGGGUGAUCGUAUUGAUUCUCGAUACGUCGAAUUUUAUGAUACUCGGGCUUGCAGUGAGGCUCAUGACCGCCUUCGUCAUCAAGGUCUUCAAGACGGUGUAAUGGAGAUUGCAUUUGCAUGGGACGCGAGUGAAGGCCCGUCUUCUGGACCACGCGAUAGCAACCGCGAUUGGGACGACCGAGGAGGAGGAGGAGGAGGAAUCCGCGGCGGGAGGGGUCGAGGCGGCCGUGGCCGUGGCCGGGGAAGAGGCAGCGAUGACGACCACGAUCGUCGCGGCGGUGAUUAUGGACGUCAAGACCGCGACCAUCGAGGUCGAGGAGGAGGCCGCUAUGAUGACGACCGUGGUCGAGGAGGGAGACCGGGAGGCCCUCCUGAUCGGUACGACAACCAUGGUGGAUAUGGAGGACCGCCUCCUGGGAAUUAUGGCGGAGGCUCUUCUGGAUAUGGUAUGCCUCCGGGUCCACCCCCACCACCACCUGCUGCUCCGCCUGUUGAUGACCGGCUGGAGCAGGCUCGUAGGGUUCAGCAGCUUCUCGCCGCCCUCAAACAGCCUGCAACAGAUGGAGUAUCGCCUCUUGCGCCAGUUCACCCAGCUCAACCAGGAAUGCCCCCAACAUCAGCGGUACAACCGCCACCAAAUCCUUAUUAUCCCCCACCCCCACCUGCGGCCGGUCCUUAUGCAGCUGCCCCACCAAACCCAUACGCUGGCAUGCCUCCGCCUAUGGCAAGCACCCAACCUAUGGGUGCUCCUACUGCAAACCCAAACCUCGCAGGAUUACCUCCAAAUAUCCUUGCCUUGGUGCAGUCUGCACAACAGCAGCAACGGCCGUCAGGCGCUCCAGGUCAGCCUUUCGGGAUGCCGCCUCCUCACCUGAUGAAUCCUCCACCACCUGGAGCGUUAGGUGCUGCAGGUCCUCCAGGUGCUGCCAAUCCGCAAUAUCAGCAGUUGAUGGCGUAUCUCCAAACGCAGGCCGCUGCGCAAGCCGCUGCAGGAAAACAAUAA